CAGGUGCAGCUUGCAACUCUGUUGUGCUGGUGGGGAAGCGUCCUUGGCGAGGCACCUGCAUCAUGCAACCCAAGCUAAAUUUACUCUGCUCCUACUAUCAUCAAUUCAAGGAUAGGUGGGAGGGGAAGUCAGCUACAACUGGCAGACGUGCCAUGGGUCCCAGGUGGCCUGGCAAUAAAAACCCAGCAGCACUGGGGGAUCUGAAGCUCCCUGGGGGUACCAACUGAAAUGGCUUUCCUGUGGGCAGCUCUUACUUACCUAGUGCUCCUUGGUGUUGCCUGUGGCUGUGGGAUCCCAUCAAUUAAGCCUAAUGUGAGGGACACAGAGAGAAUUGUCAAUGGGGAGAAUGCCAUUUCUGGUUCUUGGCCCUGGCAAGUCUCGCUACAGACCAGCUCAAAUUUCCAUUUCUGUGGUGGUUCCCUGAUAAAUGAGAAUUGGGUUGUUACAGCUGCUCACUGCAAUGUGAGACCAGGAACACAUUUUGCUAUCCUUGGAGAGUAUAACAGAAACUCUGGAACUGAGCCAAUCCAGAAGCGAUCCAUAAUCAAGGCGAUCACCCAUCCUGCCUGGAAUAGUGGAACCCUGAAUAAUGACAUCACCCUGUUGAAGCUUUCUGCCCCAGUCCAGCUGAAUGCCCGUGUAUCUCCUGUCUGUCUGGCUUCUUCAACAGAGUCUUUGCCCUCAGGACUCAAGUGUGUCACAACUGGAUGGGGACGGACCAGUGGGACUGCAAGUGGCUCUGCAAUCAUACUGCAGCAAGUCCUUCUUCCCUUGGUGCCUGUAACCCAGUGCCAGCAAUAUUGGGGUAACCGCAUCACCAGUUCCAUGAUAUGUGCUGGUGGGGCUGGCGCCUCCUCCUGCCAGGGUGAUUCUGGUGGCCCGCUGGUAUGCCAGAAAGGCUCGGUAUGGAAUCUGAUCGGGAUUGUCUCCUGGGGUACAUCCAACUGUAACGUCAGGGCUCCUGGUGUUUAUACCCGAGUCUCCAAAUUCCGCAGCUGGAUUGAUCAAGUGGUAGCUAGAAACUGAGGACACUCCUGGGAAGCACAAGACAACUGCUGUCACUGGGACUGUUCCCAGUGUAGGAAAUAGAUUGACAUACAUUCUUGCCACUGAGAUAUGGAGAAACCAAAUCAGGUUUCAUUGCAAAGAAAAAAAAUCUUCCUCCAAUGAUGGUCUGUCAUACUCAUCAGUAAAGGAGACUUGUAACUUUCUUAAAGUGUCUGUGUCAGAACUCUGAACCUACUUCCAGCUGUUGUAGCAUCUCAAAAAAACAACA